GCACUGAGGACUGAGCUGUGAUUGAUCCUCUAUUUUCCCCCUUCUCGCCGACUAUUUCGCCUCCAUCCUCCGAACACACACACCCCAGAACUCCUUGACCUGACCCACCGUCCCGCGUGGAGCAGCAGGGCAGCAGAGCAACAGAGCAGCAUGUCUGCAAAAAAGGAUAUGCGCCGGCCAGAUUUGGUCGUCCCUUAUCAUGCUCCCGAGAAGGAUGAGGGCGCCACGGACUUUCAGAGCACCAUGACCAGCACCCUACCCAUGGCCGCUAUCUUCACGAGGAACAAACUCUUGGGCUGGACGGCAGUGCUCUUUUCCAUUCAAAGCUGGCUGUCGGAAACUCCCGCCCAAAAGGCCGUAGCUUCAUCGCCUGCUUAUCUGCAGGUCGGCAUGGCAGCGUUGUCGCUUGCCGUCGGGUACAUGCCUCUUUUUAUGCCUCCCGUCGCCGGAUCUGGCCCGGUCGGCGGCAGCGGCACAGAAGCUCCUGCACCAAGCCCGUAGGAGGUAGUCUCUCAGACUCUCUCUACACACAUGACAUCGACAACCCAGCCACCAUACUUGCGUCGUCCCGGUGAUGUGCCAACAACACACCUACCUGAUACUUGUCAUCACUGGAUACCUACCACCUGUUGCUUGCUCUUAUGAACAUCUUCAUGUAAAAUAAGAGAUGGACACUUACCCGCCAUCGGUACCUGGCAAGCUUGGCAUGUGGGAAUGGGCUGGAACUAAUCUGGGAGUAUAAACCCAUCAAUUCCCGAACCACAGCCUUGGGACAAACCCCUCAAACUCUGAAGUCAGCAAAUUCCUGUAUCAUUAUUGUCAGUAAUUACACUUGUUGAAGUUUGUGCGAC